AUGGUAAAGGAUAGUUUCGGAUAUUUGCAUCUAAAAUAUUAUAAACGACAACAAUUGACGGAGAAAUCGGACGUGUACUCAUUUGGGGUGGUUUUAUUUGAGGUUUUAUGUGGUAGGCCGGCUAUAAUUCUAGAUUUACCCGAGGAGCAAGUGAAUUUGGCUGAGUGGGCCCGACAUUGUUAUAAAAAUGGGACCCUUGAUCAGAUUGUUGACCCUAAUAUAAGGGAGGAGAUUGCGCCAGAGUGCUUGAAGAAGUUUGGAGAAUUAG